AUUAGUUAACCAAGUGUUGAAUAUAAUGUUGUCAUUUUUCGUAAUUCCAAUUGAAAUUAUUGAGUUUUAGUAUCAACCAUCGCCGAUUGAUUAGAGUAACUUGCGAAAAAGAGGUAAGAUAAAAUCGAAAAAUCGAAAUUAACCAAAGAACAAAACCCAUUAAAUGUGAUUCUAUCAACAGUAUUGCGAAUGGUCUAAAACAUUUAGUUCAUUGAUAGUAUGUAUGUAUUCUUUGUAAUUUCGACGCCAUUGUUAUUGCCUUGUUUUGACUUAUGGAGAAAGAGAGAGUUGGCUCUAGUUGUAUGCAAGGGUAUCGAAUUUACAUGGAAGACAGUCAUACACAUAUUUUGUCUCUGCUUGACGAUCCGAGAACGUCGUUUCUUGCUGUUUAUGAUGGCCAUGGCGGUGCCAAUAUUGGUAAAUAUGCUUCAAAACAAAAAAAGGCUUUCUUGAAUAUCGAUGAAGCAUUGCUAACCUCGGAAGAAUUAAAGCAUGAAAUGGGUGGUUCAACAGCUGUCGUUACAUUGAUCAAAGAUAAGAAGCUGUAUUGUGCAAACGCAGGCGAUUCACGAGCCAUUGCAUGUGUUAAUGGACAGGCAAUCGCAUUGUCAGUCGAUCACAAGCCAAUUCUACCAGUUGAAAUGCAACGAAUACACGAAAGUGGUGGUUGGGUUGAGAAUUGUCGUGUAAAUGGUAGCUUGGCUCUGUCACGUGCAUUGGGUGACUUCAAGUUCAAGCAAAACAAAAAGCUUAAGGCUGAACGACAAAUUGUCACUGCUUAUCCAGAUGUUGAAAUUCACGACGUCGAUGAAACAUGGGACUUUAUAUUGUUGGCGAGUGAUGGUAUUUUGGAUGUGUUGACAAAUGAUGAUGUUGUCAAAUUGUGUUUGAAGAAAAUGGAGAAGGGCAUACCACCAGAGCAAAUUUGCGAAGAAAUAAUGACUGAAUGUUUGUCACCCGAUUUACUGAUGACCGGUACAGACAACAUGACAAUGGUUUUGAUAUGCUUUCUUCACAAUAAUUCAUACGAAGUUUUUUGCAAUCGGGCCGCUGACUAUUGUCUUCGUUUGUUUCCCGACGAUGAAAAAUUUCAAACAAAAUCGGUUGAAAGCCAAUUUGCAAAAAGUGAAAAUGCAGAGGCUGGAGCUGUGAUAACACAAGGUGAUGGCGAAGAUGAUGUGGCUGAAGAUUCAAUCUCAAAUUCCGUCGAAAAUGUUGAAGAAAACAAAGUUUCCAGCGCUGGUAGUCAAAGCUCCGGAGAAAAAAUAUCAAGCGACACUAUACAAAUUUUUGUCAAGACAUUGACUGGUAAGACCAUCACAUUAGAAGUCGAACCAUCCGAUACAAUCGAGAACGUUAAGGUCAAGAUUCAAGACAUGGAGGGUAUUCAACCAGAUCAACUGCGUUUAAUUUUCGCCGGUAAACAGCUCGAAGAUGGUCGCACAUUAAGCGACUAUAACAUCCAGAAGGAAAACACAAUUGAUUUAUUUUUAGGUUCGAAGGGAGGCAUGGAUCCAUCGGAUAGUGGUCAAGAAAGUGACGCUCCUUCGCCGCCACCACAAUCUGGACGCGGUCGAUACGAGACACUUGUGGAAGAUAUUACUGAUUCUGAGGUUGAGAAUCUUCUGUCUAGUUCUCCAAGUCCAGAAUCCUCUGAGUUUUCAGAUGAUGAAGAAAACGCCGAAGAAAAUCGGUUUGCCAAACAAAGAGAAGAAUUGAAAGCUAAAAGAGAAGCAGUGCUAAAAGCAUUGGAUGACGAAGAAGAACGUUUGGCCAAACUAGAAGAAGAUUUCAACAAACAAGAUGAGGAGAAUUCACGACGUGCACAAAUAUUAUUCGAUGACUUAGUAAAGUCCGGGACAAAAAGUUGGAAAUAUGCAAAAAGAAAAGUUGCAGUCGAAACAGUACCAGCUGGUGUUCGAAAACAUCUCAAACGAAUUUACAAAGAACAACAAAAUGGCUCCAGGUAUAGAAAAAAAAAGAUUAAUAAUAAUUCAUUAUUUAUUUCCAUUUUAAAAAAAAACCACGCAAUCCAAAAUAAAAAA